CGUCCAGUAUAUAUAUACGUCCAGUUCAAGCACCUUUUAACACUAAUUAGUGCUUGAAUAUCACUGCGCCAUGUUUUGUAUCAAAGACACAAAACACCCUCCUGUGAUAUAUAUAUAUCUUCUUUCUUUUUUGAGCUUUUUAUGUCGUUUCUUAUCUGCCCUUUACUCUAGUGGCGAGUAGGAGAAAUGUCUCCCGCCUACCAGCAAGCACGCAACACACACACAAUACACACAGCCCUCCUGUUUGUCAGACUCACAAAUCCGAGGGAGAGGAGCUAGCCGCCAUUUUCUAAGCGUCUCUCCCUAAAAAACGAGAGAAAAAGGGCUCGCGACAAAAAAACCUACCAUCUGGAUUUUACCCUAUUCGCUUUACGGAGAAUCGCGUUUUUUUCCCGGUAAAGGAUUACCGAGAAAUCGGCCACGUUUGAAGUAAAUCGCGCGGUAGAAAACGAGUGUUUUUGCGGCCUUGUCGUUUUAUAUAUUCUUGCUGCUUGCUCGUUAGCUUGAAGCUAGCUGGUCGAGCUAAAGGUGUAGAUCGUUGAAUCCGGAACGAGACUUCCGAGCGACUCGCGUCAAACUGGGCCUUUUUUUUUUGGACAUCUGGCCUCCUUUUUUUUUUUUUUUUUUUUUUUUUUUUUUUUUUUUUAAGUUAGUGGGGGGGAUAUUAAUUAAUGGCAGAGUGAUCGAUAGCGAUCCUCAAUCGGGUCUUUUUUUCCUCCAUUAAAACUGCAGAGGGAUUGUUACCGAAAUUCCCUCGGAUAGUGUGCAACCUCGUCACGUGGCUGUCCUCAGGUGGGGCAGUAAGCGGGUGGUGUGCAGCAGGCCGCGGUGCCCGUCCCUCUGCACUGCAUGGCUGCGAUGGCGCCCGCUCUCACCGACGCCCCAGCCGAAGCUCACCACAUCCGCUUCAAACUGGCCGCCCCGUCCUCGAGUCUCUCACCGGCCAGUGCAGAGAACAACGGUAACGCCAGCAACAUCCUCAUCCACAGCGGCGGCCCCGCCAAGUGCAAGGCCGCGUCCGACGAGUGCCCUCUUGACUUUUGCGUCGGAGACCAGGAACAACAACAGCAGCAGCAGCAGCAACAGCCUCAAGCCGACUCUGUGGCUCAGGCAAAGCUCCAGCCGCUGGUGGCUUCUUACCGCUGCUCUGAUGUGACACCUGUCCCGUCAACUAAGGAGUCAAUCAAGCUGCAAGGUGUCCUCAUCAAACAGUCCGUGUUGAAGAACCACAGAAUACUGCCCGGCUCCGUGCUCAACGGCGGAGGAGACUUCCUGUUGAGGAAGAGGCAGGCGAUCGAACUCUCCGGCAGUCAGCUCAAAAGCCUCAUGAGCGGCAGCACUAACGGAGGUGACCAGCCCAUGGCGCCGGUCAACGGCCUGGCCAAGAAGCUGGCCACCAUGUCCGGCUCCGGCUGCGUGGUGGCGAUAAACGGUGACAAGCAGUCCGCCCCCGCCACAGACUCUCAGUCCCAGAAGCUGCCCUUGGAUUCUGAGACCUUAUCGGGGAACAUCCCGGUGAAAGGAACCCUUAAACAGAAGCAUUCCUCUGGGGUUUCUCAAAAUACAGACGGUAAAAACCUUGAACUACCAGUGCUCCAGGCUAAUGCACUUUACCCCCUUACCCACGACAACCCUAACCCCGCUGAACAGGUGAACUUGGAGGAGGCUGAUUCUCACACGUCUACCAGUCAGCCACAGGGUUCUGAUCGGGAGCGACCCGGUAGCAGUCAGCAGGGCUCCCCGUCUUGCACACUUCAGCCUCCUCUCCCUUGCACCUCUUCCUCGGAGAGCCUUGACGCUCACGUAAAAGAGCGCACCCUUCUCAACAGCAGCCGCCAAUCCGAGAUCGAAAGCCGGCUGCGGCGCCUGCGCAAACGUCUCCAGGUCGUGCAGGCCAAGCAGGUGGAGCGGCACAUCCAGCAGCAGCUGGGCGGUUUCUUGGAUUCGGCUCUCAACCGGCUUCUGGUCAGCAACCGCAAGUCGGAGACGGCGACCCCUCCUACGGCGACGUGGAGGACCGGACGUCACUCUUCUUCUUCAAACAGCAGGGACGGCCUCGGUCGCUUCCUGAAAAGCGGCUCCAUGCCGUUGGAGCUGGAGAGGCUGUAUUUGAGCGGCUCGGCCAACCUCCACUCUGCAGAAAGCGCCUUUGACUCGGACGUAACGGAGAGUAGCUCUGGAGGAGACUCUGACCUGGAGGAGGAGGAGCUGACCAGGGUGGACAUUGAGCAGCGACAUGUCAAAAUAUGGAAGCGAGCAGAGAGCCGCUACACUGUGGAGAGAGCCGCCAUCAUCAGCCACUGGAACUGGCUCCAGGCUCACAUCUCAGACCUGGAGUACCGCAUCAGACAACAGACAGACAUCUACAGACAGAUCAGAGCCAGCAAGGGCUCGGUGGAGCUGGGAGGAGUCUCAGGUGGGACAGAAGUGAAGGCGGAGCCUGUAAAUACUCCGGAUGUCGGUUCAGAGCGGCUGGAGCACACAGGCCCCGCCCACACAGGCUCCGCCCACAUCCCCAGCACAGAGCCCGGUCCGUGGAAAGGUCAAAACACACAGCCCGUUAACGGCGUCCUCAGCAGGACGGCAGAGAGCGCCGACACAAAGCACCAGCAGCCGUCGGCCUACGACAGCUCGUGUGUCGCCGCUCGCACGCGUCCGCUAGUCGGCUGUCGACGACGGCGCCUCAUUCAGCCCAACGCUGUGCCCAACGUCAACGGGAAGACGCAGAGGAGCAGCUGUGUCCAGUGUAACUGCAGAGUGAACCCCAGCUGUGUGAUGUGCGGUGGCUGGCCCACCCCCAGAGAGGACCCUCAGUACGAGCAGCCCACCCUGGAGCGGCUGUCCAGACUGGAUCUCGGCGUCCACCCCAUUCUCUCCUUCCCCGACGACGUUUGUAUAGGCCUUCGUCUGCAGCAGGUGAUGAAGAGCCAGUGGCAGGCCAAGUCUCUGGAGAGGAGCAAACCACUGAAGAAGCUCUCCCUCAAACACAAGCUGUCCUCGUCCAAAGAGAAGCACAAGUUCACCAACUCACUCAUGGCAGUCAGCGUUGCAGGACUGGGCCACUAUAAGAACCGUGCUGAGAAGCCGAGGACAGUGGACAGCAGUGUGGGCGGCGGCGGCGGCAGCGCUCUGAACGCAGCCAGGCUGGAGGGCCAAGCCGUGUGCAAGACGGAGCGGCUGCAGGGCCUCUCCACUCCUUUAGGGCCCUACGACAAGAACUACAGCCGCAAGAGAUUAAGAGAGCACUCGCUGGACAGGGCCGACACCUCCCCUAAACUUUUCAUGGACUCGAGCAGCCCCUGUCCAACGCUGGCCAACAUGCACCCGUCCCUCCACAGCCCCCUCACCCGCCAGCUUUCCACGUCUUCAGAGAACUCCACGCCGCUGGGCCAGAGCAUCCAGAGCACACCUCAGCCUAUCAAGAGGAGGCGAGGUGAGAGCUCCUUCGACAUCAACAACAUCGUGAUCCCCAUGUCUGUGGCGGCCACCACCCGAGUGGAGAAGCUGCAGUACAAAGAGAUCCUCACACCCAGGUGGAGAUCCGUUGACAUCUUCUCUCAGCCCAUCACGGAGGAGGACGACGAGCGGGAGGUGGAGGACCUGACGGACGCGGCCUUCACUCAGCACCACCAGCCCCACGAGGACCAGGAGCGCUCCCGCUGGACCUGGAUGGCCCUGGCUCCGGCUAAGAGGAGGGGCAGCAGGUCGUACAAGUCCGUGGACGGGCGCACCACGCCGCUGCUUUGCGGCACCAACCCACCCACCCCUCAGCCGGCGUCGCCCGACCCAGGACACUGCCCCAUGCUCCACGACUACAGUCACGUGCCGUCGCCCGUGAGCCCGGCCAGCCCCGACACGCCCUGCUCCAGGGACUCCCACCGGCUGCUGUCCAGCGAGGACACGCGCUGCUCCACGCCGGACUUCACCUUCGAAGAGAGGACGGUAGCGCCGUGGGAGCGGCGCUGCUUCCCGCUGCCAGAGGACCCGGCCCCGGAGCCGGAGAGCGACCCCCCCCACAUCAGGCCCAGAAUUCGCAGCAUCUCAGGUUGUCGAGCGACGGCCUUCGGGCGGCUGGACUCGGACGACAUGGAGCAGCUGCAUUGUGACGACGACAGCGGCCCCAAAAGCAAGGCCUCCACCGCCCACCGAUGAAUGACUGACAGGCUGAGGUCGCCCCCCACACCCCCCUCCACCCACAGCUCCUCUCUGGCAUUAACAAGCAGAACCUCAAAGCGGAAUAAAAAUGUUAAAUGGGUUCCUGUUGUUUGAUAUUCAAACAUCAGUCUAAUACUUUUCACAGUUUUUAGUGAACAUUAUGGAGAUAGAAGCCUUUCCCUACACUUGUUUUGUCACAGGAAAAAAAAAGGAUAAAUGUAAAAAAAAAAAAAAGUAUAAAACGACACGUUACAAAAACUGUUUUGUGUAGUAGGCUAAACAAUGUACAUGGGCGGGGCUUAGUGGUGUUUCAUACGUCGCGUGUACACUUGUAGCGCACUAUGUAGCGGACUCCUAAAAUAUGGCCAAAGGGUGUUUUCUAUUGACUAGUUUGCUUGUAAUUCCCAUGUACAUUUUUAGUGGAGUGACAAAUUACAAAACAAGAAAAAAUACCACCCCUGUCUUCUUCCUCCUCUUCCUCCUCCUCAUCCAAAUAAACAGGUACAUUUGAGAUGUGGUUCCUUCUUCUCCCUCUAGAGGUCGCCUGAAAUCACCAGAGCACUUCUCCAACUGCCAAGUCUAGUUUUGUUUUGCUUUUUCUUUGUUUUCAUUCCUCACAUGUUUUCUUUGUGUCUUCUUCUUUCUUUUAAAUAGUAAAAAUCAUUCCUUUACGGUCUCUUUUGUUCAGAGAGUGUCCACAGCUCCGUGUCGCCCCGCUGGCUCUUCUCACUCAUUUUGGGUUGUUGUUGUUUUUUAAAGAGGGUGGUGGCACAGAGAGGGCUGGGGCGUCUUUUGAGCACUUGCCCUACAGCAAAGCGCUGCUGCAUGCUGCAAAAACAUGCUAAUGUUAGUCUUAACACAACGGCACACACUGAGAACUCCACUGAUUGAAACAGAAACGUGGGGGAGGAUUGAACCAUCUGCUAAGUUUCACUCUCAGCGUACAGUCGCUGCUGUAUUAAGUUAAAUUAUGGUAAAAAUAAAACAUAACUGAACUACCCCCCCCCCCCCCCUACUUUUCUCUUGCAAACAUCUCAAAUGUAGCAGCUAGAUGCCCCCCCGAGCUCAGGUUUUUCAAUUUAAGGGAAUAUUUUCUGCUGUUUGACCGGUUUCUCUCUGAUCACAUCCAGACGACUCUGUUGCAAGAUGGAUUUUUUUUUUUUUCAUUGUCAUAACCACACUCUCCCUGCCCCUCCCCCCCUCUCACCUUAAUUAACUAAUUGCUAUGCAAAAAAAUACUGGUUGUUUUCAUUUUACACCUCCGUUUUAUGCCACAGCCAUUCAAUCACUGUUUUUUCUUUUCGUAGUUUAAGCAAGAUGUCAAUGUACCUGUUCGAUUGUUGCAGCAGUUAACCUAAUCAAAAAGCAGAUUUGUUUUUGUUUUUGUUUUUUGUAAAUAGUACCAUUAAAACAUUUAUGUUUAACUUGG